CCUUUUGUUUUCUUGGCUAACAAUAUGUAGCAACCAUCUAUAGAUUCUUUUUUUUUUUUUGUUUUUUCUUUCUAAAAAUCUAUUGUUUUGAUAUUUAUAUAAAAAAAGAAAAAUGAAAAAUUAUCGUAGAACCAUUUAUCGUUUCAAUCAUAUAACAUUAAAUUUGGGAAAUACAAUAUUAACGUAAAAAGCACACGUUCCGUCUUGGCGUCGUCUUCCCAAAUCCAAUGUGACAGCCCCAAAACCCAUACCGUCCGGACCGUAAGGCAUCCGCAUUCUCUCUUUCUCUCUCAUACUCUGCUCUUGCGGCUUCGGUUUUUCUAUCUCUUACACUCAUAAUGGCGACCACCACCAACCUAUUUCAAUUGUUGGAGGAUGGUAAUGAGGACCCGAAGCGGCUGGCGGCGGCAGCAAUCGCCAAGGUUCGGGCGUUUCAGGCUUCUUCUCAGGCUGGUGAUGUCAGGGAGGCCAAGAAGGAAACUGGUCAGCGAGGAGGACGUGGAGUUGGACACAGUUAUGGCCAUCGGAAGCCUAGGAAGACCUCAAAAUUUGGUCGGGUGACUACUAAUGUCAAUUUGGCUGAGAGGAAUUUGGGUGAUGAUGUGCCUAAUGGUGUUGAUAAGCCUAGUGGGAAAAAAAUUGAGGUUUGUCAGCUUGAUGAAAUGGCUCAGGUGACUACUGAUGUCAAUUUGUCUGAGAAGAAUUUGGUUGAUGAGAAGCCUGAUGGUGCUGAUAAAGCUGAACGUAAAGGAUCUGAUGAAGUUGUUAAAGUGAAUUUGGGUGAUGAUAAACUUCAAGAGAAAAAAGAUGAGAUGCCUGAGCUUGAAGAUGUUGAUAAGGAUGAUGAUGAGCCUGCAGGAGACAAAGGUGUUGGAGAUGACAAGAAGGAGGAUAAGGAAAUGACAAAUGGUACACGGAGUCUGCCACAAUUGCUCGGAAUGCUUUUUGAAUUUCUAUGCACACUAUUCAGAAUCCCUUUUAGAGUGGCUAGGUACUUGUAUGCCAGUCUAGAGGGUGUUUUUACAUCUCCAGAUUCAGUUUUGAAGGAGACAUCAACUACUCGUUUAAAUAUCAAUCAAGUUAGAAGGAUACUGCAGAUACUUUCUAUUGUCAUCCCUGAUCCCCCUCCGGUUGUGGAUUCAGAUGCGCUGAGAUAUGAUAAGCUCCAUGACAAAGCAAAUAGGAGGGCUGAAUAUGUAGAUAUAUGCCUUUGCGGAAAAGAGCUAGUUAAACUUCAUGAAUAUUUGAGUAAGAAGAGAGAUCGGCUUAAAAAUUUGGGUAAAGGAUGUACUACCGUGGAUGAUUAUAAAAAUUUUAAUAAAUUGGUAUCAGAACUGGAUCAAAAAGUAAUGGGUAUGAAAGAAGAGAUGGAUACAGCAGCGAGAAGGAUUCAGAAAUAUCUUUUAUUCGAAGAGUAUUAUCAUAAGUUGAACUCAGCAUCAUGAAUGACAAAGCAGAACCGUCAACAAGUAGUCUAGUCUUGUGGAUAUUUUCUUACAAUUUCUAAACAGUAGCUUUGUAAUCAUCCUAAAUGACUCAUAGAUUGACCAGUUUAAAGAUUGAUGAUCUGGUAGAGAACUUGUGUAUUCAAUUUGUAUAUAGAAGCCUGGAUUGCAUAGUUGAGUUGAAAGUGAUCUCUGAUUGAUGGCCGCAAGUUUUUAUA